AUGAACCGGGAUAAAGUGCAGGUUGGCGACUCCAUCGUACCUGCCGCUGCCGGCGUGAUCGUGGUCGCUCCGCAGGACGGCAUGGACGACAAACGCCUCGCUGCCGGAGAAUUGCCAGUGUUUAACUGCGCCGGAGGGAGAGAAGAUUUACCGGCGGAGAGUCGAGAAACCUCACCGAGACACGAGCCCUCACCCGCGGGCGCGCCUCCUACCGUCCACCGGACAACCUCGUUCUCGGUUCUGGACAUUUUGGACCCCAAUAAAUUUACUAGUAAGAAGCAAACACCUAAUAGGACAAGCUGUGAUUUCACGUUUGGUGCAGAAAACAGAAGCGAUGACUCAAAUCAUACGAUCGAGCACAAGUCUUAUCAAGAGGACUACGACUUUAAAAAAACAUCAGGGAUUUUAAAAGACGGAUUUGUGUUCCGGUCAGAUGAAUGUGAGGCUGAUUUUACCCGAGGGAAUCAGUCGGACAGCGAGCUGCAGGAGGAUCUGUGCAGUGAGGAGAGCAGCGCCCUGCUUGGAAACAACGACGCCGAGUAUGGGCAGCACGAGGACGACGACUCACUAAACAAAAGUCCAGAAGGACAGCAGACUCAACAGUCCUCAUCAAACGGACAGAAUCAGCCGGUGAAACCCAAGCGUAAGCGCACCGGUUCGGACUCGAAGUCUGGCAAACCCAGAAGGGCCCGGACUGCGUUCACGUACGAGCAGCUAGUGGCUCUGGAGAACAAAUUUAAGUCGACGCGAUACCUGUCCGUGUGCGAACGCCUCAACCUGGCGCUGUCUUUGAGCUUGACAGAGACUCAGGUGAAAAUAUGGUUUCAGAACCGCCGGACCAAGUGGAAGAAACAGAACCCGGGAGCAGACACGAGCGCACCGACCAGCGGGAGCGGAGGUGGACCGAGCAACGGGCUGGGCAGCCUGAGUCCUCUGAGCCCGUCUCCUCCUAUGGGCGGUCAUCUCUCCAUGCACACCAGCUAUCCGGGUCACGCGCCAGGAGGACUCGUCUGCACCACUCAAUUACCCUUUCUGCCGGGUCACGCGGUACUGUCACCCUUCAUGCUUGGCUCUCAGACUUACGGAGCGCCCACGUUUUACGCGCCGCACUUAUAAGAAGAAAUCUUUAGGAGAUGUCCUGGAUCGGAAGAAACAGAGUGUCCGGUCAACUCGGCACAGGAACAUUUUUACCAUGAAGCACUAUGCUGUCACACACUUGCAAAGACAUUUGAUAGGUUUGUCUUAAAAACCGAGACGUAGCAACCAUUCUGCACUGUGGCAA